AUGCUACCAUUGGAGGGUCGCAGUAAGACGAUCUUUAUCGUUACUACUGUCUUUUUGGGAAUCUCGUUUAUUUCGGUUUGCCUACGAUGCUUUGUUCGACUCAAGCUCGUCAAGGCCUUUGGCUGGGAUGAUGCGCUGAUGGUUUUUGCAAUGUGUCUUAACGUUCUAUUUGCGCUGUGCGGAAUCACUGGCGCAUUGUAUGGAAUUGGUCAGAAGUCAUUGGACCUCGUGAUGCGAGGAACCCUGGAGACUGCCAUGUUUUGGUGGUGGCUCGGCCAAACUAGUUACGUCUGGGCAUGCGCCAUCGCAAAGAUAUCCAUCGCCGUCGCUCUCCUCCGCCUCACCGUCGCCCGGGUUCAUGCCUUCAUCCUGUGGGGAGUUAUCGCUGUGACCACGGUCGUCGGUCUGGUUUUCUGGUUUAUGUUGACUCUGCAAUGCCAACCCGCGUCGUACUUCUGGCAACGAGCUCGACUGGAGCUCAACCCGAAUGCGGAUGUCCAUGGCCACUGCAUGAAUGUGGAUAACCUCAUUAUUAUGGCCUACGUCUAUAGUGUCACCGCCACCUGCUGUGAUCUCAUCUUGGGACUUCUCCCCAUCUUCCUUGUGUGGAGCCUCCAAAUGAAUACCAGGACGAAAGCCGCCUUGGCUGGUAUUUUGGGUAUGGGCUGUGUUGCGAGCGCUGCGGUCAUCGUCCGUAUUCCUUAUCUCCACGAUUACAAGGACACAGACUUCUUGUACGCAACCACCGACAUCUCCAUUUGGUCCAACGUCGAAGCCGGCCUCGGUAUCGCAGCAGGCAGUCUCGUUACACUCCGCCCUCUAUUCCGCUGGUUCCGCGACCCCAGCUACGGAGGAACUCGAAGCAAGCGAACCGGCGGCAGCAUGCCUCUCUCGAGCGUGAAUGCGAUUCGCUCCGAUCCCGCUGGACCUCAGUACUGGCGACCUGAUCUGGACCCGGAAGACACCCAUGCCGUGAUUACGACUAUCCAUACCUCGAAUCGAGGGAGUCGCACGAGCAGCCAGGAAGAUCUUAAUCCGAAGAAGCAGGAGCAGGGGACGUUUUUUUCAGGUGUGAACGUGCAAAAGACGUUCUUUGUCUCGGAGAAUGAAGAAUAG